UGGGGCUCCGGCGAGAGCUCCACGGCGCACUGUAACGUGCUGAGCUGGGAGCAAGUGCGCCGGCUGGACGGCCUCCUGAGCGAGACCAUCCCCAUCCACGGGCGCGGCAACUUCCCCACGCUCGAGCUGCAGCCCAGCCUCAUCGUGAAGGUGGUGCGGCGGCGCCUGGCCGAGCAGCGCAUCGGCGUCCGCGACGUGCGCCUCAACGGCUCGGCCGCCAGCCACGUCCUGCACCAGGACAGCGGCCUGGGCUACAAGGACCUGGACCUCAUCUUCCGCGCCGACCUGCGCGGCGAGGAGGAGUUCCAGACGGUCAAGGACGUGGUGCUGGACUGCCUGCUGGACUUCCUGCCCGAGGGGGUCAACAAGGAGAAGAUCACG